AUUGUAGGAACUACUAGAAACCAUUGUUAAUCAACUGAGUUUUUCUAUAACCUUUAACAUUAAGUAUUUAUGAUUCAGUUUGAUUAUAAGGAAGCUAAUUUUGUGUUUUUUCCUAUGUUUUCUUUGUCUUUCUAUAGUGAUUUUGUGUUUGAAAUAUCACAAGGAAGUAUUCAAGGAUAUCGUGCAAAUUUAGAGUCCUUGUGUCCCUUUUCGUAUGUUGAUGCUAUUGUGCUUGACAUUUGGGCUUUCAUUUUGACUUAUGAAGAAAAGUUCAGGAGGCCAACGUCUGUACGUCGAUUGUUUAUCCCUUGUACUUAUAUCCCUUUUGAUGUGUAUGACACAACAAAUUUUCUUCACCAUCUGCAAAUCAGAUCAUUUUUUCCUGUUGGUGUUUGAUAUAAGGGAGAAGAAUCCAUUGUUGCAUAUUAUCGAUAACAGCUUUGCAGGCUCACAAUUCAACCAGAAGUAU